UGUGUGUGUGUGGAGUAUAAACACUUUACUGUGUGUUCCUGAGGAUUAAACAGCUCGUUGUGCUUUAAACCCUGAGAGAAGUUGUGAUGAGUUCAGCAGGAGUCAGACGCUGCUCCUCCAGGAGGUCUCGGGCUCCUGAUCCUCUUCCCUCACAGCCGUGUGAGGACGUGAGAAUGGAGACUUCAGAUGGAGAAACAUCCACAUGGCCAGAAGUGAAGAAAGAGGAGACGCUGGAGCUGAACAUCAGCAACCAUGGAGACGACCUCCACACCAAACCUGAAGAUAUCCCCAUUAAAGAGGAAGGUCCUGACCAUAAAGACCAGCUCUACUGUGAGAUCUGCAAAUCCUUCUUCUUCAACAAGUGUAAGGUUCAUGGUUCUCCCCUCUUCAUCCCUGAUACGCCUGUCCCCAUGGGGGUCUCUGACCGAGCCAAACAAACUCUUCCUCCUGGACUAGAGAUUCAGGAGUCCAGUAUUCCUGAUGCAGGCCUGGGAGUGUUUAAUAAGGGGGAGACUGUUCCAGUAGGUGCACACUUCGGACCCUAUCAGGGAGAGCUGGUGGACAGAGAGGAGACCAUGGACAGUGGAUACUCCUGGGCGGGAAAUGCGGAAAAGAAGCUAAAUAACAUGUCGGAGGAAGUCGAUCCAGCCCAGCUCGUGCAGGAAGUGGAGAAGAGAGCGCUGAUAUGGGACGUCUCUUUACCAAACUACAGUGACUGUUAUAAGAAGGCCAAGGCAUGGGAGUCUAUUGCUAAGCAGCUUGUAAAAGAAUGGGAAAAUAAAUCUGUCAGAGAAAAAAAAGAAGAAGUAAAAAGACUGAAAAAAAGGUGGAAGUCACUCAGAGAUAGAUUCACAAGGGAUAUGAAAAACAUGAAUGAAAAAAGGAGUGGAAUGGGUUCAACAAAGAGGAAGAAAUCACAUCCUUUAUUUGAGGAAAUGCUGUUUUUAAAGUCUUCCACAGAAAAGAGACAGACUAGUGGAAAUGUAUACGACAGUACGUCAACAACAGGAAGUGAAGUCACGUAUGUGGAUGACGGAGAAACCAGCAAUCCGGAAGAAGUGCAAAGGCACAGCACUCCACUCCUACGCACUCCACGGAAAACAAAGGUUAAGCCACGCCGUGCAGAGAAGAAGAGACCUGAUCUGGACAUCAUGAUGAUACACAGAAGCAAGACAUGUGAAGAGUACGUAGAUGCCAAGAGAGAAAUUCUUGCGAACUGGAUGAGGUAUGUGAAUUGUGCCCGUAAUGAUGAUGAACAGAAUCUUGUGGCCUUUCAGUAUCGAGGGGAAAUUCUCUAUCGUUGCUGUCGACCCAUUAGCCCAGGACAAGAGCUCUUGGUGUGGUAUGAAGAGGAUGCCAAAGAUCUUAGUCCUGGGUUUGACCACUUCUGGAACAAAAAGUGCUUCAUGAAUGGUAAAAUCCAUCCAUCCAUACUGCAAAUCAUUUCACUUUUGUUCAAUUAUAUUCGAAUGCCAACAGAUCAAAGACACUUGAUGUUUCUCCAGAUCAGGGUAAAUGCCAGGCCAUCCUACCAAACAGAAGGAAAUGUAUUGCAUGUAUAGCUCUAUCGAAGCACUUAUGAAGUCAUGAACCACAGUUAAAUAACAGACUGAAAUUUUUUUACAGUUAGGAGCUUUGUAUGAAAAGCAUCUGCUAAGUAUUAAUUAAAGUAAAUAGUAAUUAAAAUUAAAAAUCCAUUUUUUGUAAUUAAAGCAAAUGUUGAUCAUAACAUAGGGUUAGCGUGUAGCUCAUAAAACAUGUAGAUCAUAAAAAGUUUGAGUUUCAGAGUAUUUGAUUUGGUAGUAAUUUGUCAUUUACAGAUGAUGUUAUUUACAGAUGAAGCAGUCUUUGGUCAUUUAGACUCUUCAUUGUUUAUAUUCCCUUACAUUAGAUUUUAUAAUCUUGGUACAUUUCAUGCAUAAAUUGAUAUUAUCUUUUCACUUUUCCAGAAAUACACAACAUUCUAUUGCAUGUCUUUUCAUACUCUUUCCCAUUGCAUCUCAAAUUUACCUAGGAAAACGCAUCCA